GGACUGCUCCACUGUCUAAUUACGCAGGCGGUGACAGCAAUAUGGAGCCAGGGAGACGCUACUGCGCAUGUUCGCGUCUGCACGGACGGAGAGAGAAACAGACAGACAGAGAGAGAGAGGGAGAGAGAGGUUAACCAGAGAAAUUGGCAAAGACAAAGGACUGAACAGACUUUAGGAAAACAGGAGAGAUUAUAUUCAGUUUUUAGACCGGUUUAUGAUAGUCCAGCUGUGACACCGCCGACAGGAGGCGGCCAGGUGUUUUUGGUUUUGUUAGGCAUUCGUCAGUGCUCGGCACCAAAUCCCUGUUGUAUCUGUUCCAGUGGAAGUGACGCUUCAUGGUCAGCAGCCUGGCAAUGGAAAGAACUGCAAAGCUAUAGGCUUGAUGACUGGAUGGAAAGAGCUGUCAACACACUCACAGAAGAUGGAGGAAGUGGAAACACACAGAGAGCAGCGGCAGUUUGAUUGACGACACCACUGUGGUGUUGUUGGGGGAGUAACCAGAAACAUUUGGGAGCAACUGGAGUAUCUUUGUUCGCGAUCCCAUCUUGAGUUUUUAGUUUUUACCUCCUCCCUCCUUCUGACUUCCACAUCGACACAUUAGAGAGAGCAGGUGUUGCUGUGUUAAACAGCCACAGGUCUCAUUUACCCCACCUCCCCCUCGACCAUACACAGAGACACACAAGCGCCUCUCUUCCAAGCGGCUGAGAGGUUGCUAUGGCAAUGGUUGUCAUGAUGCUGAUGUAGCGUCCUGAAGGUAGUAGUUGUGGAGGUAGUGGUGGAGCUGGAGGAGGUGGUGCCGACGGCGGUGGUGGUGAACGUCCAGGGAUGGGAAGCACUCCGUAUCCAGCCGUUGAGUGGAAGGGGAAGGGGCGAGUCGGUCUGCAAGAGCUGGGCUGCAUGCGUUGGAAGGUCAGCAAGCAGAAAGGAGGAGGAGGAGGGGAGGUGGUGGUGGUGGGAGCGGAGGAGAGGAGGUGCAGGGAUCCCACGGACUCUCAGCAGCAGCAACAGCAGGAUCUCUCAUCCUCCUCUUCCUCCCUCACCCCCCCACUGCCUCCUCAACCCUCUCUGACACCUCCAGCUAUUUAUCAUGAGAAGCAGCGGAGGGAGCUGUGCGCCCUGCACGCGCUCAAUAACGUCUUCCAGGACGGGACAGCCUUCAGUAGGGACACCUUGCAGGAGAUAUACCAGAGGCUUUCACCCAGCACUCUGGUGACACCUCACAAGAAGAGCAUGCUGGGAAAUGGGAACUAUGAUGUAAAUGUCAUUAUGGCAGCCCUGCAGACCCGAGGGUUUGAAGCAGUUUGGUGGGAUAAAAGAAGGGAUGUAGGCAGCAUCGAGCUGUCCAACGUGACAGGUUUCAUUCUGAACGUGCCAUCCAACCUGCGCUGGGGGCCUCUCCGGCUGCCGCUCAAACGCCAGCACUGGAUAGGAGUCAGAGAGGUGGGGGGAGUCUACUACAACUUGGAUUCCAAGCUGCGUAUCCCUCAACCCAUCGGAAACCCAGAUGAGCUCAGGAAGUUUCUCCGCCAGCAGCUGCGAGGGAAGAACUGUGAACUCCUAUUGGUCGUUUCAGAGGAAGUUGAGGCGCACCAAACAUGGCGGUCCGAUGGCUGAGGGUUUAACCAGCCGAUCACAGCUCCAACUUGGCCAACGGGCCAAUCACAGAAUGAACGGGAGAGGAAGUAGAGUCGUGCACAGCCAGUCACAUGGAUGCACACUUGCAGAUGUAUCCCCCUCUCUUUUUUGGGUUUUGUUUACACAGCCAUUGCUGGACUCUUAUCUGACAAGAUGCAAAGCAAUGAAGGAAGCAAACGCUUUACAGGGAGAAUCAAAGAAUCAGUCCUUUACUCACAACACAGUUAAGACUUAUAAAAAGUUACUAUUCUGUUUCUGCUAUUCUUGUGUUUUUAUAUAUAUUGACAAUUUUUCAAUGUCAGUUUUGAUCGGUUUCAUUUUUUUCUCCUUUUUACUGUUCAAGUUUCCAAAGUCAUGGGAGUUCAGGCUUUAUGAAAAAUGCUGUGUUCAUCUGCCUGUCUCCCUCAGUGAUCCUCCCUGCUUUAGUCAUGAUGUUCACCGAUGUGUCUUCGUGUUUCUGUCCCUCCCUUCAUGUCGUGAAUCUCUCUCUGUCUGUAUCCUCUGUCCUUCACUUUCCAUCUCCUCCUCUCUGUCCCUUUUUCAUAUCACAUGUCAAAGUCAGUGAUUUAUCACGUUGCCAACUUUGUAUUUCAUCCACUUCACAAACACUUCUGGCACAGACUGAACCUAUACUGUAGAGGCUGUGCCGACACAACAGUUUUAUAUGCAACAAAGCAAUGCAACACCCAGGCCAAGCACUCCCUCUAGUGGAUGUUUGCCUCAGUUUCCUUUCAAGGAAGAGUUAACCGCAUCAUUCAUCCAGUUUUUUUAAUUAGUCACUUUCAAAUAGUUACUUUAAAGUAAUGAAGAGUAUCAUUAUCAUUAUCAUUAUCAUCUUUCAGUAGAAAUAUACUGUAUCAUGAUAUAAUAAAUAUCAAAUUAGGUUGAUAAGAAAAUCAAACGUAUUGAAAUCUUUCCAAAAUAUAAAAUUACAGAAAUUGGCCAUACUUUAUAUUACUAUGCGCAGUUACAGCAUGACAAUUCAUUUUUGACUUUGGAAAAAGCAUUCAAAACAAUCUCAACUCAAGGUCUACUUACAAACUUGUUCUGGAGCUUUCGACUGCAUCACACAUUUUUCACAAUUUUCUGGCAUUUUACUGACCAAAUGAUCAAUCGAUAAUGAAAAUAACCAUUAGCUGCAGCCCUACUUUCCAGCAUAUGGUUCUGUCGCAACUGAGUAAACUUAAUCUGCUGAUGAGGACUGUGUGAUUCGGUCAAAGAACAAGCGAGUAAGUGAUCUUUGAGUUUAGAUUGUCAAUAGUAAUCUGAAUAAUUAUUAGUUAUUGUUACAAAUCAUCAUAUCGAUAUGAUGAAAUAUUUUUUUAUUUGUCCAUAUCAACCACUCUUGCUUAAUUAGAGCCACAAUCUUGCACAGUGGUAAAAUGACACCACGCAGACAGAUGACAAAAUAAGGGACAAUACCUAUUCAUCGUGUUAUGUUUAUUCUUUCCUUUGGCUCCACAUUGGUCCAAAGGGUCACCACCACAGCAGCCCUCUGUAGCACAGGAGCUCAGCUGAUGCAGGGCUCCUCCUCCUCUUCUUAAACAUCGCUUGUCAAACCUGCCAAACACAGCUCUGAGAGGAAGUCACAGAUUGUCCCACCAAGUCAUAUACUGGUGGGACAAUCAGCAGGGGUCUCUAAUGUGUGAGGUUUCAGUCUGAGGAGGGGUUUGGUGGUUGGUUGCGCGAAGGGAAGUUGUCAGAUGGAGAAGAGAUAGAGAAUAUCGUAAUGUAAUGUAGAAAAAGAAAAUGUGGAAAGAAAAGUGAAAGUUGACGGGCCGGCUAGUGAGCACAUGUCCAGCCAGACGUGUGUUGUGGUUGUUUAUUGUGAAAUGAGCCUUAUGAGAGAGUUAAAAUCUAUCAGCUUAAGAGAAUCUGCUAAUACUAUACAUGUAUUGUCUGUUUACGACAAUAUUGGCCUUAACUUGUUUACAUAAGAAAAUAUUUGUUGCUCUGAAAGAUUAAGAGGGGCUGUGCAGUUUGACGCGAUUUCAGGAGAUUUAUUCCAAAGCACCACUUUAUCGUAAAUAUAGAGGAGUUCAUCAAAUAUGAAUUUUUCACUUUUGCAGCCAAGGGCUUUAUGUUAUUUACAGUUGUUUGAAAUAGUAUGAUUUUUUUUUUUUAAAGACAAGAUCACAUGUUUUUCAAUGGUGCAUGUCUUAUUUUGGAAUGAAACUCUUCACUUCCAGCUCUGUCUGUAGACCUUUAAUGUCAUAUCCAAGUGAACCUGCAUCGAAACAUCAGAGAGGUUGUCAUUAAUUUGCUGAGAUUUUUGGACCCAAUCCCAUCAUGAUAAUGUCUCACAAUUCAGCAUUUGCUUUUUUGCCAUGACAAUCCUUCAUCUCUUCCUACUUAAGGAAUACUGAUUGUCACUGUAUUUUGUUUUUAUUUUGUUUUUAUUUUUUUUGCAUAGAAAUAAAAUGCUUAUAAUGGCACUUUAUGUAUAAGCUACA